CCAUCUCAAGUCUAACACGUCAUAUUUAAUUAAUGUUAGUGAACUUAAUGCUGAUUUGAUCCUUAUUCUUUUUAUCUUUUUGUUAUCAUCACGUGUGAUAUCGCACGUUUUGAUUUGUGCCUGGUCGUGCUAAAACUGAAAUAUUCUUCUAGAGAUCGCGCCCACAUAAAGGAAGGAGAAAUGAUAUAUAAAAGUCGUGAUUUUUUAAAUUUAUUAUUAUCUCUUUUUUUCUGACUCCUUGUAAGCAGGAAAGUAAAAUGAAGAUUUACGUCUGCGCAAUUUUGUUGCUGAUAUCUGGGAUGGUUAAUGCGGAUCCUGCUACGCAAGUACGAGGUGGCUGCCUAUUUGGAGAUAAGGUUUUUAGCGUAGGUGCCCAUACAGCUCCGCCAUGCAUGCGAAUGAUUUGUGACAUGAUCGGUCAAAUAUCCUUUGAAGGAUGUCCUAGAUUCACUUGUAAUUCACUUCAGCGCCUUAUUGGUUAUACGGAUGAGGAUCCCAGUCGAGAAUAUCCAUAUUGCUGUCCACAACCUAUUUGUGAGCGUCGUUACCCUGAUCAGCCAUACUUUUUGGCAUAUACCGAGAAAGAAGUGCAGUAAUAUGAAUUAAAACGUAGUUUGAUUCAAUUAAACAUCGAAUCACAUGCUGUCACUAAUAUAUAUGUAUACAAUAGUUGAUUCAACUAAAUUUUAUUCAUUCAACUAUAAGUGUUACUAUCUUUCCUUUUAAUCUUUUUGUUUCAUUAAUACUGUCAUUGAAUCACCAAAAUAUUUCCAAUUAGACAGAUGCUAUUGAUUCAACAUUUUUUUUCUCUGUAUAGGAAAUAUACGAAACAUUCUCAAUUUGGAAAUAUUGUUAUAAAUAAAUCUUUUUUUUUUUUCAAAUUUAUCGAAGUACUCUGUUUCUCCACUUGCCUAUUGAUCAUUGAGAUUGGAUAAAGAAUCGGGCCGCGUUGCCUCUCGAUAAUAUGCAACAGUGUUUAACCAGAUAUGUAUUCUCCGUUCACUAUUCGCAUUUCCGUCGUACAAAAAUCACUUUCCUUUUUCGAGCGAUCUUCACUUUCCCAUAAAUUUCUCAAGUUAAAUAAAGAAGCGUCUAAGAUAGAAUUUGGUGCAGCAUUAAACGUGGAAAAACGUCGCUUUCACGCGAAACAACUCGACUGAUUUUCAUCACUUUAUGACUCUUGCUUAUUUACCGUUUAUUUCACGGAGUCAGUAGAAAACUAUGAUUUUUCUUCCUACAUCCUUCGAAAAAAAUAAAUAAACGUCAUUUCUCUCAUUUGUACUAAUUAAUCAAAGCAUGAUUUUCACCGAUCACAUCUUCUAUUUGUCUUCCAUUCGUCAAAGUUUGAAAAAUUAUCUAUGACAAUCCUUGAUAAAGUCCACAGUGUACAAUAGUUUUCAAGCACUUUGUAUUUUAAAAAUUAAACAAAUAAUAAAUGAUAAAGUUCAUAUAAAUAC